UUGUGCAGUUUGUAUAGUAUUCUUCCGUACUUUGUGCCAGUUAAGAAUUUGGGAUUUUUUAACAGAGAGAUAAAGUAUAACUGGAACUAUGCGAGUAAACUUAAAAAGGUGUGUAAUAUUAAUUCUAGUGAUACUUUCUUCAAUUUUAUGGGUACUUUUUGAAAAUGAACCGCAACUAGACGAUGAUUCAACAUCAAUUAAAGACAUGAGAAAAGGUGUUUCAAAAUUCAUCUUACGGAAUAGCGACAAGAAUCCUGAAAUGUCCCAGGUAAAAAUUCCAAUAGAAAAGUCACCGCCAGUGCUUCUGGCUGGAAGGAUGAGUGUUAAAUGCCAAGAUUACCUGCCAACUUUACGAAAGAGGACUCAGAACAUUCCAAUAACAACAAACGCCCACUACAAUCUUUUCUACUGUCCUAUGUGUAAACUAGCAUCCACAUAUUGGACCAGGUUUUUUAAGAUGUUAGACAUGUAUAAUGAUACGAGUAUUCUCUCACCGUACGAUAUCCCUAUAAGUAUUGCUAAACCAACUGGAGAAAGAUUACAAAUUACUGUAGGUACGUCAGGGACGCCAUAUGACAAUUACUUUAAAUUCAUGUUUGUACGCGAUCCAUAUGCAAGAAUUUUGUCAGCUUACGUCGAUAAAAUAUUUGCUCCAAAUCCAAUAUAUUGGGAAAUUUGGAGUAAACUUCUUCGUAAGCUAAAAAUAGAUUCAAGACAUACAAAGACAAAAUGCAGGUCCCAUUUUACAUUCGACGAAUAUAUUCAGUCUAUCAUUUUUAAUAAUAAAUUGCAUGCAAACUUUGGAACUACCGACUGUCAUGAAGCUAGUUACGUGAAAACUUGCCAUCCAUGUGAACUUAAGAUGAACUUUGUUGGUAAAUUGGAGCAGUUUGCCACUGAUUCGUAUUUCUUAUACGAAAAACUAAACUUAAGUAGAGCAAUAGAAACAAUUACCAAGCAAGGGAAACAGUUAGCUGAUGAAGAUGCACUACAAGACACAGUUACUUCCCCUUUUGAAUGGAAAGAUACAAUUAAGAGUUGUAUACCUUGGCUUGAAGCUCUCAAAAGAAUAUGGAGAAAAUUACAAGUUCGAGGCGUUAUAGGAAAGGAAGAGUUACCUUUAACAGCAGAACUAGCUGAAAAUAUAAGUGUACAAGAGUUCAUUAACCUUGUACUGACAACGAAAGAGAAAACGCCAUAUAGUGAGAGAAAGAAACAGAGGACCGAGGCUCUAAUUGAAAUAUAUAGUAGUGUUAAACCGGAGUUAUUAGAACAACUUAAACAUAUCUAUAAACAUGAUUUUGAUUUCUUUGAGUAUGAUAAUAAUCCAAGCACUAUUUUUAAUGUUAGUAUAAAAGAUAUUCAGUAUUACGGGUAUCUAGAUACAUAAAAGUAAAUAAAAGCAGAAA